CCCCUCCACUAUAGACCAGCCCAAGUAAACAUACUUUCUGUGGUGUGUGGUGUUCUCCUCACUUGGGACGCUCUCUCAAAUCACACAAUGCCUUGCUGUCUCUAGUUGUGAUAUUCACGUCAUAUAGCGUCACAGAUUCUAAGUUACCAGUUCAUCAGGAUGGGUGUGAAGUUUGUCGGUGUUUUGGUGGCCAUCUUGGUUUGCCUCAUCCCUGUUGAAGGUCAGGAUAAAGCCUCAAUGGACAUAACAGUGAAAUACUUUACGGAUGUCAGUCUGCAAUGCGACAGUUUAGCACUAAAUAUCUCUGACAAUAUGAGCAAAGUCCGAAACUUGCACUGGAUUUUGACAGAUGGAGUCCUAGUUGACGCAGCUUCAAACAAUCUGCCCAUGAAUUUGGCUCUAUCCCCUCAUGGCUACACACUCAACAUCACCAAGGUUUCCGAUGCCAUGUUUGGCUACUACCACUGUGUGAUUCUAUUCAAUGACAACACAGUCAAAGCAGUCAGAAAGGGCGUCAAUGUGGAUGGCGCCGAUUUUACCGAGCUUCACGACCAAUAUCGGAGUAAUGCCAUAAUCGGUGGUAUAGCGGCUGGUAUCAUGGUGGCCAUUGUUGCAGCGAGUUGCCUAAUCUGGCAUUACCGGUUCAAGAAGGAUUUCAACGAUAAGGAAGACCUGUACAAGCCAGAUCAUACCAACGGCACUGUUGUUACUUAUGACAACAUGGCUGUAGAGAUGGAAGACAAGUCACCUUCAGCUGAAGAAGAUAUUUCAAAUGGGGUGAUUAAUGAAAAACUGUAAAUACUAUAUUCCUAAGAAAAUUCAAGAACUGAUUCAGUUGUCUCCAGUCUCAUAGGGACUUUGUAUGCACAGGGUAUUUUAUCUUUGUUAGAUGUCUAUUUAUUGUCUCCUACAAUCCCUGUCACUAUAUGGCUGAAAUAUUGCCGAGGUGACUUUAAAUUUUAACUCACACACUACAAUCCCUGUUUUCUGAAGUUUGAGAGUUAAUAUGGCUAGUGUCCUAUAGAC